UGGAUGCCCAGACUAAGCUGGCAGGGCUGGCGGUGGUGUCAUCUCUGGAGUCCAGGGCCCGGGCUCGCCUCCAGAGCAUGCCAUGGCUGAGCAUCCAGUGUUGGCAGGUCCCCUCCUGCAGCGGAUGCUGCAGGGUGCCACCCAGACCCGCUCCAUGACACAGACACUCAUUCCCAGCUGCCAGGAGCAUCACCCAUCGCUGGCUCACAGCUGAAAGCCCCCUCCAAGGAGUCACCUUCAGUGGACAAGAGCGGUCUUGCCAAAAGUCAUGCCCCUCCCCAAGGGUGGUCUACGCAUUCAGUGACAGCUAAAUGGCCUCCCCAUGUUCAUUCAAGUCACCUCUGAAGGGCCCUCCUGGUUCCUAAGCUUGAGUAGGAUCCCCCGCAGCCUCUGUUACAAACCCGCGCCUCUCACAGGUGAUGCUCCCAAGGCAUACCCCAGUAUACCCUGGCAGGCAAACCCCGGAAUCCCCAGGUUCUCAACACACCCCGGCACCUGAACAAGGACCUUGGAAUCAAGGCAUGGUGGGAGCAGAGGCCUGGACACGAGUGCUCGAGCCUGGACCUAGUCCCCACGGACACACGUAUUUGGGUAUGUGUGCUCCGCCUCAGGUCUGCCCCACUGCCCUGUGCUCUGGUGGAGCCCCGACCCGGAAGGCCAGCUCCCAGUCCCUCGCCUUGCUCUCCCUCCAGCCCCAGAGAAAUGGGAACCAACGGCAUCUGCCCAGCAUGUGCACAGGUCACUGAGGGUGAGUGGAUAUCUGGGCCACCUCCAUGACUGUGGACUUCACCCCAGGACCUGAGACGCUUUCCUGCAGGACGGGCCAAAAAAGGCAGCGAGUGUUGGAGGCAGACCGUGAGAGCCCGCAGGGCAGGGCCCAGACGCCGUCCCCUGGGGAGCCCUGCUUGGGGCCACCGGCAACCCUGGGCCCUCGGCGCAGCAUCUAUUUCUCUGGCCCAAAGAGCCACUCUGCGCAGCUGGGAUCGGACUUCUUUGACCAGCCUGCCGUCGCCCUGGCACGGGCGUUUCUGGGACAGCAAACAGACUGCCCACAGGUCCUAGUCCGGCGACUUGACGAUGGCACAGAGCUCCGUGGCCGCAUUGUGGAGACGGAGGCAUAUCUGGGGCCAGAGGAUGAAGCUGCCCACUCUAGGGGUGGCCGGCAGACCCCCCGCAACCGUGGCAUGUUCAUGAAGCCAGGAACUCUGUAUGUGUACAUCAUCUACGGCAUGUACUUCUGCUUGAACGUCUCCAGCCAAGGGGAUGGGGCGUGCGUCCUCCUGCGAGCGCUGGAGCCCCUGGGGGGCCUGGAGACCAUGCGGCAGCUCCGCAGCACCCUCCGCAAGGGCGCCACGGGCCGAGCCCUCAAGGACCGCGAGCUGUGCAGUGGCCCCUCCAAGCUGUGCCAGGCCCUGGCCAUCGACAAGAGCUUUGACCAGCGGGACCUGGCCGAGGACCGAGCGGUGUGGCUGGAGCGCAGCCCGCCGGGGCCCAGCGAGUCAGUCGUGGUGGCAGCAGCCAGAGUGGGCAUCGGCCACGCAGGAGAGUGGGCCCGGAAGCCCCUGCGCUUUUAUCUACGGGGCAGCCCCUGGGUCAGCGUGGUAGACAGAGCCGCGGAGCAGAACGCACAGGCCUGAGCGACAGCCUCCUCCAUCCAGGCUUUUUAAUUUUUUAACAACCAAAUAAACACUUUAUGUCUAGAA